AUGUCUAACCUAUUUUCCGGCAUAAAUGCCCGGCUGAGGGGAACCUCGAGCAAGCAGGCCAGCGCGAAGAGUCCCGUGUCACCUGUAGUCGAAGAUGGCCCAACCCACUCGCCUGGAGGCCUUUCCAAGAGGAGCAAGUCAUCAAGCAACCUAUCAGCGAGCAACCUAUCCGCCUCUAAGCUCCCGCCACUCCCAGCAUCGCCCGCGCUCUCUCAAACCAUCGGCAUGGCGUCCACUGGCGACGAGGUCUUGAGCUCAUAUCGCCUUCCUCAGCCGCUGCCCAUUUGGCUCAACCCCGCUUACGCAAAGCAUAUCGUCAAGGGCAACUUUAUGACGCUCAGCAGCAGACCCAAGACGGUCGAGCAGGGCGAAUGGAUUGCCCACCACGUGGUUGAGCAUUACCGCAACCUAUGGAACUUUGUCCAUGUUGUGUACGCCAAGGAGUCCAACGGGAAGAACCUCUGCAACGCCACCACAUGCCCCCGCAUGUCUGCCGGGCCAAACCACUCUUACACAUGGCUCAACAAAUCCGGUGAUCGCUACGAGCGUGUCGAGUUGCCAGCAAUCGAGUACAUCGCUCUCAUGCAGCGGUGGAUUUCGAGCAAAGUCGACGACACCAACAUCUUCCCGACCGAAGCCGCCGGGGUUUCGUUCUCCCACAACCCCAAUAUCGCCAAUACUGCUCUUCUUGCCAAUCCGGAUGAGUGGGUCGGCAAGCGUAGCGGGUUUCCCAAGGAUUUCGCCAGCAUCUGCAAGACCAUUUUCCUGCAAAUGUUCCGCGUCUAUGCCCAUCUGUACUGGGCGCAUUUUGUGGAGCCCUUCUACCACCUCAACCUGGAGAAGCAGCUCAACAGCUGCUUCAGCCACUUCGUGCUGACAGCCACGGCGCUGGACAUGCUCAAGCCGCAGGAGCUGGAGCCGAUGCAGCCCCUGAUCGACCUCUGGGCUGCUAACGGCACCUUCCCACCUGAGUCCAAAGCCUACGAGUAUGCCAACCUGAAAGUGGGCACGCGGUUGUUGCAGCUGGCGGGUAUGGCUUGA